GAAGCCGUUUCCGCCGCCAUCAUGAGCAGCCGCAGUAGGGGUCAGAAGAACUCCCCCGCCAAAAGCCGAGGCAAAGGCCACGCCAAAGCCCGAGUCCGCGCUUCUCCUGACGACGGUCCGCACCACCCGGACCCUCCACAGUUCCAGAGGCUGGAGGAAGACACCACGGUGGCACAGGUGCCGGCUGGCGCGGGUUGGGGUGGCCUGGAAACCGCUGCGUCUGCGCCGUGCCCCCGGCCCGGGGAGGAGGCUGCCCGCCGACACCCCCUGGACUGUGGCCUCGCGCUCUGGGCCCGAGCUGCGGGGGACCAAGGGCAGGCCGCGACCAGGCCCGGCCUGGGGAAGGCCACUUCUAUCUCGGAGCGCCUGUCCACAGACACUGUCUUCGUGGGAACUACGGGAACCGUGGGAAGGCUGAAAAAUGGCCCCCGCAUCGGAAAUCGGCGUGGCCCAGCUGGGAAGAAGGGCCCAGAAACCCGUCGUGCCGUGGGGAGGGCACCUCAGGCCAUAGCUAGUGGAAAGCUGAAGAAAGGGACGGCUGGGGAGUGUACCUCCGUCUCAAUGGAGGAGGAAAAGAAGGUGGAGAAGAAUGCAUGGUCAGGGCCUCCGGGGACAGAAGGCAGCAUGGAUACUCUGGAGAAUGUCCAGCUGAAGCUGGAGACCAUGAACGCCAAGGCGGACAGGGCCUACCUUCGCCUGUCGCACAAGGUUGGGCAGUUGCGACUGCACCACUUAGAGCGGAGGAAUCUCCUGAUCCAGAAUAUCCCUGGCUUCUGGGGGCAAGCUUUCCAGAACCACCCCCAGCUAUCAUCCUUUCUGAAUAGCCAAGAUAAAGAGGUACUCAGCUACUUGAACAGCUUGGAGGUGGAAGAGCUUGGCCUUGCCAGAUUGGGCUACAAAAUCAAGUUCUACUUCAGCCGCAACCCCUAUUUCCAAAAUAAGGUGCUCAUCAAGGAAUAUGGGUGUGGUCCUUUGGGUCAGGUGGUGUCUCAUUCCACUCCAAUCCAGUGGCUCCCAGGGCAUGAUCUCCAGUCUCCAAGCCAGGGAAACCCAGAAAACAACCGUAGCUUCUUCGGGUGGUUUUCAAACCACAGCUCCAUCGAGUCUGACAAGAUUGUCGAGAUAAUUAACGAGGAACUGUGGCCCAAUCCCCUGCAGUUCUACCUUAUGAGUGAGGCGGCCCGUGGAGAGAAAGGAAAGGAGGCCAGGCAAGGUCACUCAAAGCAGCCAGUGGAUACCCCUGAGGCUAGGGUGAACCAGUCCAACUGAUGCUGUGCAAGUCUCCCUACUACCUCCUGCUGGACCUGUUCCUGGCUGACUGUAUGUUUGGCUGUCUUCUCUUGAUGUUGGCCUCUUUGCACUGUAGCCCGUUUGGACAUUACAAGAAUAUGGCAUUUAUGAUCAUGUUCUUUUGCCUCCCCAUGGCCUUCUUGCUUUUUCACAUUACUUUCACAUGUUAUGUGAUCUCAUCCCUACUGUUUAUAUGUUAAACACACAUACUUCUGAUGUGUGCUGCCUUUAUCUAUAUUGCCUGGAUCCUGUUCUUGGCUCUGGCCUUUCCCACUUGUCUUUAACAUGGACACUCAUGAGAUCCUCCAGGAGGACCAGUGCAUCCUCAAGCUCUGCUACAUCAGGGCCAGAGACUUGUUGGGCUUCGUGUUCAUGCUGGCCAUGCCUGCCAUCUAUGGCAAGCUUUUCCAUUGCCACUGCAAAAUGAAGCCAACGCACAUGGUAUUGGCCAUCAGCCAGAAGUUAUUGUUCCUAUGGGUCUGGGGUCACCAGCCAAGGUGCCACCUGCUUUAUCUCUGGCAAUGACCUGGAAUCCAUGUGACCCACCCUGGUGGACAUCCAGCAGAAUGGCCCUUGACUGCUAGGCAUGGAUAAGGUUAAGGGCAGUAAGCAGUAUGCCAUGUGUUCUAUUCCACCAUGCUUCUCUUCUUGCCCCUGGGCCCUUGUACUGUGAACCUUCAUCAAGGUCUGUGCCAUGUCCCAUUACUGUUAACACUGUUGAGUUUUGUCUAGGUUGCUAUCCACCCCAGUUGGCUUCCUGGUCAACAAGGACCUCAAGAACUGCCUGUGGACCAAGGCCCGCUGCCAAUGCAUGAGACACACACCUGCCCACCCCAGCCUUCCAGGAACCCUACUGGCUGCCAGACUGAUGGGUAGGCUGGUGUGGCCUUGUGUGUGUGGAUGAUUAAUGCUAUAUGCUGCUUAUUUUGCCUCUGAGAAAAAUCUUGCCACUUUUCCCAUUUUCCCUAAUGGGAAAAUAGACCUGUAAAAGUGUGCUUUUUCUGUUUUGUUUUUUUUAACUUUUUUGCUCUUUAUUAUGGACAAUUUCAGACAUGCACAGAAGUGGAAAGGAUGGUCCCUGGACCCUGUGUGCCCAUCACCUAGUUACGUUAAUUGUCAGUUAUGAUAAACUUGGUUUCAUUUGUGUCUCCCUCUUCCCACCUGUAUUGUUUAUUGGAAAUCCAAGACACCAUGCCAAUGCAAUUGUAUGCCAAUAUACUUUGCGAGACUGAUAUUCUUUCUUGGUGAUGAUAGUGGUGGGGUGCACUAUCAUUAUCACAUCAACUCUGCUUUUUGUUUUAAUGUUAUCUAAUGAAGUUCCAGAGAUGGGCUUUAGAAAUGAAAGUCUUCAGAAUUAAUGAGUCUCAAAAAGACAUGAUGG